AUGACUAGGUCAGGCGGAACGCCUCUAAAUCGGCCAAGCAGAGAAAAAAGCAACAAGAAGAACGGCGUCAAGCGUGCGAGCAAGGGGAGCCGCAGGAACAGCGCUAUUAGCGGCGGUGUGAGCAGCAUAAAGAACCGCGUUAACGCUGACACAAGCGCCAGCGAUGUGGGCACGGAUAAACCCGCCAGCAGCAGCCCCAAGAACGCCGCGAACGGAAGCGGACACGAUGAUUAUUACGCCAUCUUGGAAGAGUUAGGAAAAUCGGAAACGCCGAAAUUCAGAUCUGUCAAGGAUAGCAUGGAUGAAAAUCUCAACCUUGAAUUUUUGAGAUCCUCCAGUGAAAAUUACACCUACAAGAUUACUUCCAGAGGCCCCGUGUGCUACUCGGCCCUAUACCGUGACGACAAGUACGUCUACCGUCAUAUAAUUCUCAGCGACAACGUGAGACAAUAUGCAGAGAGCAAGGUGCGCAAAACAAAUGCCUUCUUAACCGAGCACUGCAUUGUGAAUGAGUUACAAAUUGAUAUUGGAAAGGGGUGGAAGCAUUUCAUGAUUUACGAUGGUAAAAUUCGAGAACUGAUUUUGCGAAAGGUUUUAACAGCUGAGGACAAAUUACGGAUGGCCGUCCAAGCACAAAAGUAUAAUUAG